UGUGUUUGAAGGUACAGAGAGCAUCAAACAUGGACAUGAGCGCAUUUAUAGCGCUCUCUCGGUCUGUGGUAGUUUUAGUGUGCUUCAAGCCGUGAAACUACAAUGAGUGCCAUACCGCAAACGGAUCUGUGGCUCGAGUUCUUCGAUGCCUACCGCCAGCUACCUGCGCUGUGGCGGGUCACGGACGAGGUAUACAAGAACUACCGAAUGAAGAAGGCUGCCUAUGAAAAAUUAUUGGAAUGCUAUCGGAAAAUAGACCCAAAGGCCACGUUGGAGAUCAUGCGGCGCAGGAUCAACGGCAUUCGGACUUGUUUCAGACGCGAAGCUCGCAAAGUGGAGCAGAGCGAACAAAUUGCCCACAAAACGGAUGACGUCUACGUGCCACAUUUGUGGUACUUCAAUCAAUUGUCCUUCCUGCGUGCUGAUGAUAGCAGGAUAACUCGUGUCUCAAAUAUUGCCGAUGGGUCGGAUAGAUUCUGGAAUGAUACAGAUCCAGAUCCACACGCAGACGAGGAAGAUUCCAACAAUGAUAUAAAGGACGAUGAAGAAAUGGAGGACAUCUCUGAACCCGAAGUCAAAGUUUUUGAGCCUGCGUUACCAGUGUCCAAUGGGUCACCUGUAAACCAGCCUCCCGUGGAUCCCUUGCCGCUACCCGUGGAGCCGUCAAUCAACGUUGCAGCACAGUUCCAACCGCAAGUUGCGCCCAAUCUCAAUCACAGCUCUCGUGAUGAGGCUGACAUCUUUGCGGAGGGCUGGGCCAUAACCUAUCGCAAGCUGGAUGGAAGGAACAAGCUGCUGGCCAAAAAAGCCAUUGAGGAGAUUUUAUUUCUCGGACAGAUAAAUAAAUUGGAGUUUAACUCGGUGAAGAUGCCAAAUUAA